CCGCCGCCAGGUCCGUUCCUCGGCCUGCGCCCCCGGCCGGAGAGAAGGGCGCGCUCGGCCGGCCGGCCUCCCCGCGGCAAGAUGUUCAGCUGGCUGGGCCACGACGACCGGCGGAGGAAGGACCCCGAGGUGUUCCAGACGGUGAGCGAGGGCCUCCGGAAGCUGUACAAGACCAAGCUGCUUCCGCUGGAGGAGUACUACAAGUUCCACGAGUUCCAUUCGCCGGCGCUGGAGGAUGCGGACUUCGACAACAAGCCCAUGGUGCUGCUGGUGGGGCAGUACUCCACUGGGAAAACCACCUUCAUCAGGUACCUCCUGGAGCAAGACUUCCCUGGGAUGCGGAUUGGGCCGGAGCCCACAACGGACUCCUUCAUCGCCGUGAUGCAGGGAGAGGUGGAGGGCGUCAUUCCCGGGAACGCGCUGGUGGUCGAUCCCAAAAAGCCCUUCAGGAAACUCAAUGCCUUCGGCAACGCCUUCCUGAACAGAUUUGUGUGCGCACAACUGCCAAACGCGGUCCUGGAGAGCAUCAGCGUCAUUGAUACGCCCGGGAUCCUUUCUGGGGAGAAACAAAGAAUCAGCCGAGGGUAUGACUUCGCAGCCGUCCUGGAGUGGUUCGCGGAGCGGGUGGACCGCAUCAUCCUGCUCUUCGACGCCCACAAGCUGGACAUCUCGGACGAGUUCUCGGAGGUGAUCAAGGCCCUGAAGAACCACGAGGACAAGAUGAGGGUGGUGCUGAACAAGGCGGACCAGAUCGAGACCCAGCAGCUGAUGCGGGUCUACGGCGCCCUCAUGUGGUCCCUGGGGAAGAUCGUCAACACGCCCGAGGUGAUCCGCGUCUACAUCGGCUCCUUCUGGUCGCACCCACUGCUCAUCCCGGACAACCGCAAGCUCUUCGAGGCCGAGGAGCAGGACCUCUUCCGGGACAUCCAGAGCCUGCCCCGCAAUGCGGCGCUCCGGAAGCUCAACGAUCUCAUCAAGCGGGCGCGGCUGGCCAAGGUCCACGCUUACAUCAUCAGCUCACUUAAGAAGGAAAUGCCGUCGGUGUUCGGGAAGGACAAUAAGAAGAAGGAGCUCGUGAACAAUUUGGGGGACAUCUACGCACGGAUCGAGCGAGAGCACCAGAUUUCCCCGGGAGACUUUCCCAAACUGAAGAAGAUGCAGGAGCAGCUUCAGGGCCAAGACUUCAGCAAGUUCCAGCCCCUGAAGAACAAGCUGCUGGAGGCCGUCGAGGACAUGCUGGCCAACGACAUCGCGCAGCUCAUGGUGCUGGUGCGCCAGGAGGAGUCCCAGCGGCCCGUCCAGAUGGUGAAGGGUGGCGCCUUUGAGGGCACGCUGCACGGCCCCUUCGGCCACGGCUACGGCGAGGGGGCCGGCGAGGGCAUCGACGACGCCAACUGGGUGGUGGCCCGGGACAAGCCCAUGUACGACGAGAUCUUCUACACGCUCUCGCCAGUGGAUGGCAAAAUAACCGGCGCGAACGCCAAGAAGGAGAUGGUGCGGUCCAAGCUGCCCAACACGGUGCUGGGCAAGAUUUGGAAACUGUCCGACAUCGACAAGGACGGGAUGCUGGAUGACGAGGAGUUUGCCCUGGCAAAUCACCUCAUCAAAGUCAAGUUGGAAGGCCACGAGCUUCCGAACGAGCUUCCGUCCCAUCUCAUCCCGCCCUCAAAGAGGAAGCUAGCCGACUGAGAGGAAAGGCGGCACGCGACGGGGAGAGAAGCGGCGUGAAUAUCACUCAAGUUGUACCCAUCCACAUGUGAGGUCACCUUUUGGCUCGUGAGAAUUUUCAGGUAUACAGAGGGACCUGCUGGAAGGCCACGGGUUGGGUUCACAUUUCGUCCUGCUUAGACCAAAGCUGGACCCGCUGCUUGCAGAGCGCCUGCUCUAAGUAUGACUGAAUCUGGAUCGAACCCCGAGUCCUAUCCUUUCUCAUGAUGAUAUGCAAUGGACUUUUCCCUCGAAACUUGUUGGCUUCCUGAUCUGCACUGGUAAGAGCAGAGGUAUGAUAGGAAUUGAGAGGGAUAAGAAUAUACAAGGACUGUUCUCAAAUGCACACUUGUCGUCUUCGCAGCCCUGAAGGCAAAUGCGAGCCAGACCCACAUUCCCCGGGAAAUCGCCCCCGUUUCCCAAACUUGCAUUCGCAUCCAAAAGUGAUCAUUGGCCUAAGUGCAUCCUUGCGCACAUGGUCUUUCCUCCCCCACAUCUGCGUUUCCAUGCUUUGUCCUAUGGGGGAAAUGUGUCCUUUUGAUCAGGCCAAAUGCACAGUUUUACAGCGUCCAGUUUUCCCAGUGAAAAAUGUGCAUUUUCCCACUGCUAUAUUUAGGGAUGCCGAGGAGGCACACUGAGCAUCCAGGAAGAAUUUGGAGGCACGCCAAGGUGCGAGAGCACUUCUGCCUGUCCCUGAAGAGGGAAGCAGGCCGAGAGCCCGAGACUGGCUAAGGAUCGCUUCCCUCAUAGUCCCAUCCGGCAGGUCGGUUAGCCCAGUGAAUUUGUCCCCAGUGAAAUUUCAACCAGCCCUGAAAUUGCGCAUGGGCCGCAAGCCGAGCCCUCAGACGAAUAAUAGCUCCGGGCAAGGGGAAGCUUGAAACUCACAGUUGGGCCUUUGACAUUUUUGUGGAGCAUUUGUCCGUGGUCCAUCGUCCUGCCUGUCGUGUCUUUAAAUUUUCAAAUACCUGCAGAAUAGAGGCAAACCUGAACCUACCGGAGCCAUAGGAAAUCAGUGACUCCUGGCCAGCUAGGGUGGGUGUGUGGGGGAACUCCCUGUCACUGUUUUGGAUACAUUUGGGAUUCUGUUAUAAAGCCUUGGGUGGCAGCCAGUGUAAGUUCUCUGCAGCGUAGACCCACUGAUUGUACUAUCACUGGAUACAACCCAGUAACCCAGUUGGGUUAAGAGCAUUGCUAGGCUGCAAUGGCUCCGGGGAACAAGAUAGUUGGGGUUGUAUGUAGCUGUGGUGCCUGGGGAUGAUGGGAGUCCAGCAUGUUUGGAGCAUCCCAGGCUAGGGGAGGGGGAAGAGGAACAGGGGGAAUCCUGGGCAAAGAUCUGGAGCUUCCUGGCCUAUCCCUGCACCUUAAAUAGGCUGGGCGGAGGGGGGGCAGACAAGUUCUGGUCCGGAUACUUACCUUUCAUUAUUCUGUAUGUAUACAUACAGAAAAGGUUUGCCUGCGGCUGGCAGAAGGGAAGGGCUCGUGGAAGGUGCCUCCACACGAAGUUUAGGGACAUCGCCUCCCCCCAUCUCAGCUCGCCCAUUGGGACCCCCAAGCCUCCGUGUGGCUUUGGGGUGGGGGGUCCGGAGGCAGGCCACAGGAGGAGUACGGGAACCCCUGCGUCCCAGAUCUCUAGGCUUCUUGGCGGCUGCUCCUCGUGUGAGAGCAGGGGGCUGCUGCGUGUGUGCCCGCCCCACGGGCGCAUCCCUCGCAGCCUUCCCCACGGAUGCGUCUGGAACCGUCCCUCCAAACCUGGCCCCCCAGGAGUGGCGCGGGGCCUUACGCUGAACUUCUACUGUGACUUGACAAGGGGUUGCGGGAAGACAGAACCGAAACACGUCUAACUUAUUUUAUAUCUCUGUGUUAAUAUUAUAUAGAAAAAUAUAUAUUCUGUGUGUGUACAAACAUCGCUAUUGCAGUGCAUUUAUCAUGUCUUAAGAGAAAGUGAAUGCAUUAACUUUUUUUGUACCUGCAUCCCAAAACAUUAUUAAAAAACCGAAGGCCAAA